AUGAAGAAAUUAAUCUAUCGACGGGGAGAUGUAAUAAUGCAGGAGAAACCGUUUGCCUGCGUGCUCGAUCCACGGUACCGUGAUUCAAGAUGUGACCGGUGCUUUAAGGAAACGAAGGUGAUGAAAUGCUCCAACUGCCUCUACGUACGAUACUGUGGCCGUUCAUGCCAGAAAGAAGCAUGGUCGGAUCAUAAAGAGGAGUGCGAAAAGCUAAAGGCAUUGCCGGCGGGUCUCGUCGUACCGUCUGCAGCACUGAUGAUGGCCAGAAUCGUUCGGCGGCUGCUUAAAGGCGGCGAUACCUAUAAAGGCUACUACACCUCUAAGCUUUACCGCAAGUUCGGCGAUCUUAUGCCGCAUGAAGAAAAUAUCCAACAAGACUCUAAAAGAAUGGACCACUUUGCGACACUUUUUGUUGUUCUGCAACGGUUGUUGGAUGAAGUGGCAAGACCGAGCAAGAUGGAGCUGCUUCGAAUUUAUGGCAAGAUGUGCAUCAACACUUUCAACAUUCUGGACAAUGAAAUGAACACGAUCGGGACGGGCAUGUACAUCGGUGCCUCGAUCAUCGAUCAUAGCUGUCGCCCGAACGUGUGUGUUUCGUUCGACGGUGAAACGCUAAAGAUGCGCCUGCUGGAAGACUAUCCCGAGCAGGAGCUUGAUUUUAGCAAACUGUUCAUAUCGUACAUCGAUCUAAUUGAUACGACGGACGUAAGGCGGGAACAACUUGCCGAUCGGUACUACUUUCAUUGCGACUGUGAGCGCUGCCGUGAUGAGAUGGAAAAGCAAUUUAUGAAUGCUGCCGCUUGUCCGAAUAGAAACUGCCAAGAACCGAUCAACAUGGACGAUACGGGGCUAGAAUGCUGCCCUGUUUGUGGGACGUCUAUCACUAAGUCUGAUCGGGAUACGUUUGCCGAAAUAAGUAGCUUAACGCGGGACCAUUUAGCGCAGAUGAAAAGUGUUGCAUCUACAGAUUUGGACGUUAGUCGGUUGUGUUUGAAGAAGCAGGAACACGUGCUUCAUCGCUACAACGUACACCACAUCAAAACGCUUGAUAACGCGAUGGAAAGUGCACUUAAUAUGGAAAAGUGGCGAGAAGCGACCGGAUACGCGUUGAGACUGUUGGACGGCUUUCGCCAUUAUUAUAACCCGUACCAUCCGAUGCUGGGAUUGACGUACUUGAAGAUAGGGAAACUGCAGCUGUAUGAGUGCCAGUUUGCGGACGCUCUGAAGCAUUUGCAACAGGCGGCAAAGAUUUUGCGUGUCACGCAUGGUGAACAGGAUGAUCUGUAUAAGCGCGUGUUGGUACCGUUGCUGUGCGAUGCAUCACAAGGUGAUCUGGGACAUCUUGCAAUUGCACCGGCUGAUUGA